UUUUAUGAAAGCUGUCAUUAGUGAAAUUUCAAAACACUCCGAAUGAAUAUGGGACUUUGAGAUUUACGUAGUCUUGAAUUGGUCAUAAAUAUUGUAUUUUAAGGAUAAUAAUUUACAAGGAUAAAUUUUAUUGAAGCAAACUCAUUUGCGUCAAUACUCGAAUAAAAGUCUUGGUUACAGGACGGUUUUGAUUAUUCACAUUGCACACUAGCAAAGUUAUUCAAAAUGGAUUUAAUUAAAAAAGUACGUGCUUUUAUUAGUCAUUGGUAUUUAAGAUAUUUGGUAGCAACGGAGCUGUAUAUGGUAGAACCCUGGGAGAAGGUGGUGAUUCAUAUUUUGUUUGCCAUUGUUUUUGCCGUGUUUUGGUAUUUCAACUACUCCAUCAUUGUGAAUGCUAUUUCACACUUCAGGGAUGGCUCCAGUCAAGUACACCAGUUGGAUCAGUAGAAAAAUAGUACUUUAAAUACUGUUAUUUAUUAAUAAGAUACUUUUAAUAUAUAAUUAGGCUUUCUAUUUAUGAAAUAACAUAUGUUUUAAAUACCAUAAUCUUUCAUAAACAAAUUUUGUAUUGUUAAAUCUAUAGAUUCAAAAAUGAUGUAAGAUUAAAAAAUGGGAAGAGACUGGUAGUUGCUCCUUGCAUAAAUGAUUUUCAUUGUUGAUAAUAUGUAACAUACAUAAAUUUAAUUUAAAUAACGAUUAUGUAUUUUGUUUCAUAUGUAUGUUGCAUUUUUUACUGUAUUCCAUAUAAUUAAAAAGAAUUGAUGAUUUAAUGAAUUGUCCAAAUGUUGCUAUUUACUCAAUAAAGAUUAUCUAACAGGUUA